AGCCAUUUUCGUUCAAAGCUAUGUCGUUGCAGGGCGGCAUGGCGGCGCGGAGAUCCUCCGCAGCCGCCCGGCUCGCCGUCCUCGCUUUGGCGGCGCUCGCGCUGCGGCAGCUGACCGUGUGUGCGUUCGUCGCCCCGCCCCGCGCGGGAGCCGACGCCCCCCACGCUGCGGCAGCAUUGGCGGGGGCCGGUGUGGUCGCCACCGUGCCGCUGCCCGCGCAGGCGAUCGAGCUCACUUACGAAGGGUUCGGCGCCCCCGAGCUGCUGGUCAUCGCCCUGCCUUGGCUGAUCGCCAUCCCCGGGUUCACCCAGUGGCUCGUGGUCCAGCCGUUCAAGGACGAGGACGUGAAGGGCUACGGCACCCUCGGCCAGACGGUCGACGCCCCGGGCGAGGCAGGCUACUUCCGCCGCAGCCCCGAGUCUGGCUGAUUGUCCACGCGGUGAGGUUUCGGGGCUCAAGAGACGAGGGUCAGUAGAUCCCCGAAGGUUGCGUUGUAGGAGGCCUCCCGGCGGGGCCCCGACCGACGUUUUUAAGCAGCGUGACUCGGACGCACACGCAGUCUCCCUGCGGGAGAAACAUGCGCGCAGCAGAGACAUGUCCAGCACUGCUGGCCAUGGGAAGCCAAAGCGUACGCAAAGAUAGGCAUGUGUUCGCACAUCUUGGCGAGCAUAGCCUCCACGCGUGCAUAUGAACGGACUUGGUGUCGAAAUGCUGCCUCUUCCGCCAGGCUUGCUCCCGAUGAGGAGCACGGACUGGCGCAGAAAGACGAGGUGAGGUGCAGUACGAGUCGCGACGAGGAAGCAA